AUGUCUAUUUCUAAGUACUUUCAUCAGUAUCUGAACUUCCAGCCGAUCCCAACGUCGCCAGCAUUUGAAUCCGAAAAGCUUAUUCAGGCUUUCCAGGCAUGCCAAGAAAGUGGUUUCUUUCUCUUGGAACUGAGAAAUGGUAAUCAAGGUGAGACUUUGUGGGGUGAUGCAGAGAAGAUGUUUGACAUUACUACAUUAACACUUACUCUUGACCAUGAACAAUUUAUUCCUCGGACAAGACGAUAUACUCGGAACAAGUUCGUCAUGUGCAAACCCCUUGCCAAUCGAAGUUUCCGUGAAGAUUGCAAAUCGUUCUUCUAUCACGCCCGUGGAGUUCUAGACCAUCUGCCUCUCGCACACGGCACCCUAGUGUCCCUGAACUCUUUAGACAAAGAAUUAUGUACUUUUCUACGUAUGCUAGUUAGUCGUUCACAAUCAAUCACAAAAGAUCAUCCGAUCAUAUUAGGCGCCAUACAGAUAUUGGAACCAUAA